UGUCAAAACAAAAGAACUGAGGAGGCUUCGCUUUUAGUUUCUGGCAAAAAUAUAUUUGCUAGUCAUUCGUACGAAGCCAUCAAACCAUUACACUUGACUCCCGAGUUCUUUUGUUCACCUUUAAAAAUUUGUGUUGUUUUUUGAAUUUAUUUUGUAAUAAUUAUUGAGAAAAUACUUCGUUCCGGUUGGCAUCCCUAUCUGAAUAACGGCGCUUGUAAAGAUUAUUGAUGGCUUCCAAAGUGGGUGAUACUGUCCCUAAAGAGACACAGCCAUGGCAGCUCCCCAGAACGGCGUAUGGAAACGGCAUACCGGCACUGUGCCUGUUACACCAGGAAAUUGAAAAGUUUUUCAAUUAUAUGCAGUCAACACCUAUUGAGUUUUUUCUGCGAGCGGAGGCCGUUCGCCGCAUCGAGGACGUUGUGCUGUCUAUCUGGCCCACCUCCUGCGUAGAUGUCUUUGGAUCCUUUCGCACUGGACUGAAUCUCCCUGUCUCGGAUAUUGAUCUGGUAGUGUUUCAUGCUAACCACUGGCACAAGGCACCACUGCACGAACUUAAGCGGGAAUUGAUAGCACGCGAAGUGGCGGAACCCGGUUCAAUCAUCGUUCUGGACAAGGCUUCUAUGCCGGUGGUCAAAUUCACAGAGGCCAUAUCCCAGAUCAAGUUCGAUGUGAAUUUCAAUGCGGCCGCAUCGGGCGUACAAGCAGCAGAGCUGAUCAGGGAAUACAUCCGCCAGUUUCCUGACUUACCCAAGUUGGUGUUGGUGCUCAAGCAGUUUCUAACGAUCCACGGCAUGAACGUGGUCUACAGCACGGGCGGAGUCUCCUCCUACGCUCUGACUCUUAUGUGCAUUAGUUUCCUGAAGAAGCAGGAGCGUUGUAAAAAUAACUACAAUAGCCGCAACAAGCUGGGGUUGCUCCUGCUCCAGUUCUUGGAUUACUACGGUCGCAAAUUCGACUUCUUCAAGUACGGCAUCUCAGUACUUGCCGAAGAUGGAUGUGUGGAGAAGGAGCGCCUGCGCUCCACACUCGGUGAAAAUAACUGGCAGUCUGUGCUCAGUAUUGAGGAUCCAGUGACGCCAACGAACGAUAUUGGACGCAGCUCUUACGCUGCCCUACAAGUAAUGAAGGGAUUCGAGGCAGCCUAUCUUAAGCUGUCCAAGCUCGUCGACUUAGAUGCCUCGAAGAUUGUGGGCCCAAUUCUAGGUAGCAUUAUAGAAGUUCCUCAGUCUGUGAUCAACUACCGGACCUGGGUGCAGUACAACUUUCAACAUCUGUUGCCCAAUUCUUCCUCAUCUGCCUCUGAGGACGAGCGAUCGGAGGGUCCACCACCAGUGUAUUUCCGGGCUGGGGUGCAUCGGACUUCGACUUAGUUUAAACGUUUGCGAGUCAUAAGUUUUAUUAAGUAUGUUUACGUUUGUGCUAGUUUCCUUCAUUAUCUUUAUUUGCUUUUUCUUAUGCAUGGCAUAUGUAUAAAUCAUAAAAUAUGUACAAUUUGUGGGAAAAAUUAUGUCUUGAUUUAUUGGCAUAUUUAUUAGGUAAGCACUACAAAAAUUAA